AUGGGGCUUCUUAGCUGCACGACGGAGCUCGAAGAGUUGUUGUAUCUUAGGGGAAGAAUUCCAUCUCAUAUUUUUUACAACACUUUGACCAUUGACGACGUUAUCUUGGUUAACAGUGUUCCACCGGUUGCCAUAGCUUGCUUUUCUCUGCUGCUUUGUGAAGCAAAUCCAAACUCCCAAGUCCAGAUGAAUUUGGCUAUCAACCAUUGCGGCAGUUACAGCAUUGAUAAUUCUUUCUCCAUUUCAAGCUGGAAGCAUGGCCGCAAAACUAGUCAUGGUAGAUAUAUGGUGCCCAUUGGAGCGCUGGAGGGCCAUUCUACACAGAAUGUUUGCCAAGAUUUUGCACCAUUGGCAAAGAAUGAUGGAAGCAGCAGCUUUCAAAUGAAGACAUUUGUAAAUGCCAUAGCAGACAUGGCAAAGGCUGUAACUACAAGGAAUAUCCAGGAAGGUGCUGUCUCAGUUUAUGACAUUGCUGGAGGAGCUGGAGACUGGUUUAGAGGCAAAAUCUCCAAGGGACAUUGAAACAGGUCCAACGCCUGUAGAUACAAGUCUGAAAGAAGACCAGGAACAAUAUCCGUUGGAUCCAAAUGAAUAUAAGCUGAUUAUGAAGAUCGCAUAUGAAUCAAAGGGGAGUGCUAGGUUCACACUCAGGGUGAGUGUGUGUGAGCCACACUUACUCUUAACUUGCCACGUGUGAGCAGAAAAAC